CAUUGAAUUGUUGUUAUGCAUUCACCUAAUAAUAUCUCACCGAGCUAGGGUUUGUUUCUCUCCGUUAUUAUUGGAUUUGAUUGGAGUAAGAAAACAAGAAUGGUGUGUUUCAAUUUCAAUGGGAUUAAGUCGAAGAAGACUCUCAUUGGACUUGGAUUGGGACAGAUCAUUUCGCUUUUCUCUACUCUGAUUUCGUUUACUGCGUCUGAGAUCGCCAGAAAAGGGAUUAGUGCUCCAACAUCUCAGUCGUUUCUAGGUUAUGUGUCACUGGCACUUGUCUAUGGAGGUAUCAUGCUCUAUCGAAGAUCCACAAUCAAAGUGAAGUGGUAUAACUAUUUCCUCCUUGCUUUUGUUGAUGUGGAGGCAAACUUUCUUGUUGUGAAGGCAUAUCAAAACACAUCCAUGACGAGUAUCAUGCUACUGGAUUGCUGGGCAAUCCCUUGCGUUUUGGUCUUCACUUGGGUUUUCCUGAGAACAAAAUACAGGUUGAUGAAGACCAGUGGUGUGUUUAUAUGCAUUAUUGGUGUUGUCAUGGUAGUUUUCUCAGACGUCCAUGCAGGCGAUCGAGCUGGUGGAAGUAAUCCUGUCAAAGGAGAUUUUCUUGUUAUAGCUGGAGCGUCCUUGUAUGCUGUCAGUAAUGUCACUGAGGAGUACCUAGUGAAGAGUGCAGACAUGAUUGAGCUCAUGUCCUUUUUGGGCCUUUUCGGCGCAAUUAUUGCUGCCAUCCAGAUAGGCAUAUUUGAACGUGGUACUCUCAAAGCUAUUCACUGGUCAACUGAGGCGAUUUUGCUUUACCUUGGAGUCGCACUCGCGCUAUUUAUGUUUUACUCAUUAAUCACAGUCUUAAUCAUGACCAAUGGUGCAACAAUGUUCAACCUCUCGUUGCUCACAUCAGACAUGUGGGCUGUUUUGAUCCGCACUUUUGGUUACCAUGAGAAGGUUGAUUGGCUCUACUUCUUGGCAUUUGCUACUACAGCUACUGGACUGAUCGUAUACUCCAUGAAGGAGAAAGAUCAAGAGGAACACAGAACUGGAAAAGUGGUCGACGAGGAGGCUAUGCAGAGGAAGUUGUUAGAUGAGGAUGAUGAGCCGGGAACCUAACCACACAGGUUUUUGUCAAUGUCAUUGACUGUGUGAUAUUAUAUCAUUGCAUCCUGCAAAAAGAACUUUUGAGUGGAGAAAAGUAAGGAAUUUAUCCCCAACAAUUGGUAACUGUAAAGAGAGAGAAAAAUGGCUUUAUUUGAUCUUGAUUGUAAAAACAAAUGAAGAUUUACCGUGUAAGAACAACAUUCGACUUGUUAGAGAAGUUACUUCAAAUGUA